GUCCCGGGAGCGCAGCAAUCUCCGGGAUUUCGGGCAAACGCAGCAGCCCCGAGGCACGGAGCGAGGAGCGGGGCUUCUCCGAGGCUUGUGGGCAGAGGUUAUUUUAGUCCUGAGGUGACUCACACUUAUCCCGGUGUGACUCACGGGGAGCUGGGGCCCGGGGCUGGCUAGGGGCACGGCACGGCACGGCACGGCGCACUUGGCACACACGGCUUUCCUCACGCAGCCCCGCACAGGGAGCAGCAGGGCGGCCGUGCCGGACCCGCGGCUCAGGAAAUCGCCUUUCCCGUCCCCUCCGCAGGUGCAGCAUCACAGCGACACUCUGACACCAGCGUUUUGUGGGAAGGUUUGGUUAAAUAAAUGAUUCCCGAGUGCCGGGUGUUGGAAGGGAGGCUCAGCCCGUGCCGUGCCGCUCCCCGCUGGCGCCCGGGAGCUGCUCGCUUGCAGCUCGAGCUUUGUGACACGUCUGAGCCCCAGCUCCCGUCCCUGCAUCCAUCACGGACGGGAAAAGCCGUACGGACCCUGCUCGGGCUUGGCCCAGACCCCGCACUGGGAAUCAGCUCUCCUAUGGCCCGAGCAGCCCGGAAAACAUUGCUUUUCCAGGAUCGCUUUCCAACAAACAGCAAACCCCACAGAUUUCUUCUUGGCACCGACCGAAGCAUUUUUACAGCGAUUGAUUUUCUCUGUGAGAUUCAGAGAAAAGCUGAAAGGCUGCUCCCGCUUCCAGGAAUCCCGGCGAGAACAGCUCGUUCCCUCUCGGGACAGCGCUCCGCGGGCACUGCCCGCAUCCCAUCCCCUGCCCGCCCCCCACGCGGGGCACCGGGGGAAGCCCUUUCCUGGCUGCAGGAGGGGACAGGCGGGGAGGUCCCGCGUGUGGCAGAGGGUGACGGUGCCUCUCCACGGGCGGCUCUGCUGAUGGAGACCACGGAGCUGACCCCGCUGAUCCGGGACGUGUACGCGGCCGCCGGCCGUGUCCAGCCGGCAGCGGGCUCGGCGCGGAGGGGCAGCGGCUGCCGGGAGCUGAUGGUCAGGCUGACCGAGGGGCAGUACGUGCUGUGCCGCUGGACAGACGGGCUCUACUACCUCGGCAAGAUCAAGAGGGUGAGCGGCUCCAAGCAGAGCUGCCUCGUCACGUUCGAGGAUAACUCCAAGUACUGGGUCCUCUGGAAGGACAUCCAGCAUGCCGGCGUCCCGGGGGAGGAGCCCAAGUGCAGCAUCUGCCUGGGGAAGAAGUCGGGCCCCAGGAACGAAAUCCUCAUCUGCGGGAAGUGCGGGCUGGGUUACCACCAGCAGUGCCACAUCCCGGUGGCGAGCGGCGGCGAGGGCCCGCUGGGGACGCCGUGGUUCUGCCGCCGCUGCAUUUUUGCCCUGGCCGUGCGGAAAGGGGGUGCCCUGAAGAAAGGAGCCAUUGCCAGGACGCUGCAAGCCGUGAAGAUGGUGCUGUCCUACAACCCCGAGCUGCUGGAGUGGGACUCCCCACACCGCACCAACCAGCAGCAGUGCUACUGCUACUGCGGGGGCCCCGGAGAGUGGUACCUGAAGAUGCUGCAGUGCUACCGCUGCCGGCAGUGGUUCCACGAAGCCUGUACGCAGUGCCUCAGCGACCCCAUGAUGUUCGGAGACCGGUUCUAUGUGUUUUUCUGCUCUGUGUGCAACCAGGGACCAGAAUACAUCAAGCGCCUGCCCCUGAGAUGGGUGGACAUCGUCCAUCUUGCCCUCUACAACUUGGGUGUUCAGAGCAAGAAAAAAUACUUUGACUUCGAGGAGAUCUUGGCCUUCGUGAACCACCACUGGGACCCGCUGCAGCUCGGGAAGCUCACGGGCACCCCGAUCUCAGAGCGCGGCCCCCACCUCCUCAACGCCCUCAACAGCUACAAGAGCAGGUUUCUGUGUGGGAAAGAGAUCAAAAAGAAGAAAUGCAUCUUCCGCCUGCGGAUCCGCGUCCCCCCGAACCCCCCCAGCAAGGUGCUGCCGGAGAAAGCCCCCGGCGAGGGCGAGAGCGGCUCCUGCGAGCUGAAGAAGAAGGGGAAGAGCAAAUACGCCCAUAAGGACAGCCUCCUGCCGCGGCAGCUCCAGCAGCAGAAGCGGCGAGCGCGGCGCAAGAGGGCCAAGUUCCUGCUGGAGGAUGCCAUUCCCAGCAGUGACUUCACCUCGGCCUGGAGCACCAACCACCACCUGGCCAGCAUCUUCGACUUCACGCUGGAUGAGAUCCAGAGCCUGAAAAGUGCCAGCUCAGGACAGACUUUCCUAUCGGACGUGGACUCCACAGAUGCCACCAGCACCUCAGGCUCGGCCACCACGAGCCUCUCCUACGAGUCCAGCCGCAGGACCGUGGGCAGCCGCAAGCGCAAACUGGCAGUGCCAGCCUACGCCUCGGGGGCCAAGAGGAGAGGGGGCGAGCUGGGCGGGCGCCCGGCCGCGACCACCCCCGAGGGCAGCGAGGCAGCGGCCGGCCCCGACCGCGCCGACGACGGCAUCGACAGCCACACCUUCGAGAGCAUCAGCGAGGACGACUCCUCGCUCUCCCACCUCAAGUCGUCCAUCAGCAGCUACUUUGGGGCCGCGGGCCGGCUGGUGUGCGGGGAGAAGUACCAGGUGCUGGCACGGCGGGUGACGCUGGAGGGGAAGGUGCAGUACCUGGUGGAGUGGGAAGGCACGACCCCCUACUGAACCCCGCCAGCCCCGAAACCUCUCCCGGAGCCAGAGCGGAGGAGAUCGGGCUGCUGGGGCAGCCCGUGAGGCACAGGAGAGGUGCUGGUCCCUCCCCCCGGCCAUCGGCGGGUGGAGGCAGCGCCCAGGCAGGGCUGCCCAGGAAUGAAACCUGAAGCCCUGACACUCUAUUUUUUUUUAAUGUUAACGAUUUUUAGUUCCUUGGCUGCGUUUAUGCAGGGCGUGGCCCAGCCGUGCCCUCCUGAUGGAGGCCGGUGGUGCUCAGAGCAGUGAGGGGGUCCGGCCUUUCCAGAAGGGUCCCCCUGGCACAGCUGGAGCAGCUGCUUGGGGGGCACCCCACACCCUGCUCACACAGAGGGACCUCGGCCUGUGCCUGGCACAGCCUGGCUCAUCCCGGUGUCCCAGCCUGACUGAGCAGGCUCGAGGGGGUCCUGCUGCCAAAACACGAACCCCUCCUCAUCCCUGGGCUCUCACAGCCCGUCCCUGUGCCCGUGGGAAACUGGGGACAGCUCUUGGGGUUUUUCGCCUCAUCCAGCAUCCAUUCAUGAAAGGAAUGUGGUUUGCUUUAUAUCAGAGGAAAAUGCCCUAAAAUCAGCCCACAUGUGGCUGUUGCAGCCGUGGGGCAGAUGUGCUCUCACCCCGCAACCUGGACUGUGUGUGGCGCUGCACCAGCUUCAUUUCACUGUUCUGACAAUCAUGACCUUGGAAGAGAUCUUCAAAAAAAAUCCUCCUUUGCCUUAAAACCACCGUGGGCACUUCACAGACUGGAGCCCAAGGCCUUUGUUUCUACAGGAAUCUUCAUCCCAAAUGUGCCAAACCAGCAGACAAACCAAAAAAGGCUGAAGAGGACAGAGGGGGCAGGGGCUGUACUGGGGUCCCUGUGGCCAUCCCUGUGGCCAUCCCUGUGGCCAUCUCUGUGCCAUCCCUGUGGCCAUCUCUGUGCCAUCUCUGUGCCAUCCCUGUGCCAUCCCUGUGCCAUCCCUGUGGCCAUCCCUGUGGCCAUCCCUGUGCCAUCCCUGUGCCAUCCCUGUGGCCAUCCCUGUGCCAUCCCUGUGCCAUCCCUGUGGCCAUCCCUGUGCCAUCCCUGUGCCAUCCCUGUGGCCAUCCCUGUGCCAUCCCUGUGCCAUCCCUGUGGCCAUCCCUGUGGCCAUCCCUGUGCCAUCCCUGUGGCCAUCCCUGUGCCAUCCCUGUGGCCAUCCCUGUGGCCAUCUCUGUGCCAUCCCUGUGCCAUCCCUGUGCCAUCCCUGUGGCCAUCCCUGUGCCAUCCCUGUGGCCAUCCCUGUGCCAUCUCUGUGCCAUCUCUGUGCCAUCCCUGUGCCAUCCCUGUGGCCAUCUCUGUGCCAUCCCUGUGCCAUCUCUGUGGCCAUCUCUGUGCCAUCCCUGUGCCAUCCCUGUGCCAUCCCUGUGCCAUUCCUGUGGCCAUCCCUGUGGCCAUCUCUGUGCCAUCCCUGUGCCAUCCCUGUGGCCAUCUCUGUGCCAUCCCUGUGGCCAUCUCUGUGCCAUCCCUGUGCCAUCCCUGUGGCCAUCUCUGUGCCAUCCCUGUGCCAUCCCUGUGGCCAUCUCUGUGCCAUCCCUGUGCCAUCCCUGUGGCCAUCUCUGUGCCAUCUCUGUGCCAUCUCUGUGCCAUCCCUGUGCCAUCCCUGUGGCCAUCCCUGUGGCCUCCUGGCUGUGCCUCUCUCAUAGCGGUGAUGUUUGUGAGCACUGGGCUUGAUUUGUCUGCAGGAGAGAAGGAGCAGCCCCUCCUUUAACAAAGCAAUACUGCCAGCUUGGGCAGGAGCAGAGCAGCUGGCUUUUUAAAAAAGAUUCCAAUAUCAGAUGAAUAUGUUAGAUUUUUUUUUUUUCCUUUAGAGAGACAGAGAGAUAUUUUUAAUGUCCUCCUCAUCUCUCCCCCAUCCCACCGUGGCUGUCCCAUGGGAUGGAGGGUGGGUCAUGCUGGGCUGUGGGGUCCUGUCCUUCAGCAGAGCCUGUCCCGUGCUUGUGGGAUCUCAGCUCAUCCAGAGCAGAGUGUCCCUGUCCUUUUGGGAGAGGUGCUGCCAGGUCCCCCCUUCCCUGGCAGGGAGGGGUCCAGCAGCUGGAGAACUGCUUGUCCUGCCUUAGCUUGGUCCUUGAAGGAUCACUUCAAAUAUUUCCCUUUCUCAGUGCCUAUGGAGCCCUUCCAAGGGGCUGCCAAGAGCUGUGCCAGGGUUCUGCCUGUGGGAUGUGAGCACCCACAGGAUCUGGCCCUGGCUCCCCUCUGUUCCCUCUCCUCCUCUCCUGGCUUCUUGCAGAGAAUUGAAUGUGGAGCCUUUAAAAGUAUUUUUGCUGCAGAGUAUAUUUUGCAUUCGCUGUAAUAGAGAUUUAUAACAACUCUGUGCACCUUCUGAUUUCUGAGUUCAGGUUGCUGCUUGUAAGCACCUCUCGUUAUACCCAAGUUGUAAUUAAUAUGUCUGAUAUACAAUUAAAAAGUGUUUUUUUUUUUCAAA